UCCCCGCCGCUGCCGCACCGCCGGCUCCAGAGCGGAGGGAGCAGCGCCCGCCGCCCGCGCUGCGGCUCGGUCGCGCCGGCCCCGCGGGCUCCCGCCGCCGCCACCAUGCAGCCCCCCGCCGUCGGCAUCCUCCUGCUCAUCGCCUGCUUCGGCAGCGCCCGGGGAAACCUCUCCCGCGACGAGAGCCAGCCCACGACAUCAGACGAGACCGUGGUGGCCGGGGGCACGGUGGUGCUCAAGUGCCAGGUGGAGGAUCCCGACGAUUCCUCGCUGCAGUGGUCCAACCCUGCCCAGCAGACGCUGUACUUUGGGGAAAAACGAGCCCUGCGGGAUAACAGGAUCCAGCUGGAGAGAUCCACCCCCAACGAGCUGACCAUCAGCAUCAGCGACGUGGUGCUGGCCGACGAGGGCGAGUACACCUGCUCCAUCUUCACCAUGCCCGUGAGGACGGCCAAGGCGCUGGUCACCGUGCUGGGGAUCCCCCAGAAGCCGCAGAUCUUCGGCCACGAGCAGCCCAUCGAUGAGGAGAAGGUCGCCCGGCUCAUCUGCCGCUCCUCCGGCAGCAAACCCGCGGCGCAGCUGCGCUGGAGGAAGGGCAACAGGGAGAUCAAGGACUCCGGCACCGACGUGGUGGAGGACCCCAAUGGCAAGACCUUCACGGUGACCAGCAGGGUGGAGUUCCGUGUCACCAAGGAGGACAACGAGGUGGAGGUCACCUGCACGGUGGACCACGAGUCCCUGCAGAACUCGGAGAGGUCGACCACGCAGAAGCUGCAGGUCCACUACAAGCCCACGGCGAAGAUCGAGCCCCACCCGCAGUACCCCCGGGAGGGGGAGAAGCUGCAGCUGCAGUGCGACGGGCAGGGCAACCCCAUCCCGCAGGAGUUCCUGUGGGAGAAGGAGGGCAGCGACGCGCCCCUGCAGCUCAGCUCCGACAGCGUCCUCAUCUUCCCCUUCCUCAACAAGAGUGACAGUGGCACCUACGUGUGCACGGCCACCAGCUCCAUGGGCAGCGUGGUGGCCAAGUACAACCUGGACGUCAGCGAUCUUCCCCAGCUCCCCACCCCACACGUUCACUCCACUCCAGCCCCUCCAGGGCCAGGCCCUUCCCAGCCCAUCUCUCAUGCUUCCAUGGCCUCCGCUCCAUCCUUCACUCCAGCUCUCAUCCAAGACGCCAGCCCGGUGCCCUCCACCUCCAGCACGUACCACGCCAUGAUCGGCGGCGUGGUGGCCGUCAUCGUCUUCCUGCUGCUCAGCCUCCUCAUCGUGCUGGGACAUUACCUGAUCAGGCACAAAGGUUUGUGCCCAGGCCCUGGGGACACGGUGACACCCCGCCAUCGGCCACCCCCUGUAAUGAUGUGAACGUACCUGACCCACGAGGCCAAAGGCUCGGACGACGCUCCGGACGCCGACACCGCCAUCAUCAACGCCGAGGGCGGCCAGGCCGGCGGCGACGACAAGAAGGAAUAUUUCAUCUAGAGGGCU